UAAUAAGAUUUGAACAUCCUGUGACUUUCUCUGAAACCGGUUAUUUUUGCACGAAAUUUCUUCCUCAUCGACGACAACAAACCAACAGAUGAUAUCUACAAGAUGACUGCUGAAACAGAAGGUUCAAGUGAACCGGUUAUUUUAGCCACAGCAGGAUACGAUCAUGCGAUUAAGUUCUGGCAAGCACACAGUGGAAUAUGCCACCGCACUGUACAGCAUCCAGACUCUCAAGUCAAUGCAAUGCAGAUCACACCUGAUAGACAGUUGUUAGCUGCUGCAGGAUAUCAACACAUACGCAUGUAUGAUAUCAAUUCAAGCAAUCCUAGUGCUGUUGUGAAUUAUGAUGGUGUAUCUAAGAAUGUGACUGCUGUGGGAUUUCAUGAGGAUGGUAAAUGGAUGUUCACUGGUGGGGAGGACUGUUCAGCCAGAAUAUGGGACUUGAGGUCUCAUAAUUUACAGUGUCAAAGAGUGUUUCAAGUGAAUGCUCCAGUAAACUGUGUUUGCCUUCAUCCAAAUCAGGGUGAGCUUAUUGUUGGUGAUCAAAGUGGUGCAAUUCACAUGUGGGAUCUUAAAACAGAUCACAAUGAGCAGUUGAUUCCAGAACCAGAUACCUCCAUCUUGUCUAUCAGCAUUGAUAGAGAAGCUUCCUACAUGGCAGCUGUCAAUAAUCAGGGUAACUGCUAUGUUUGGAGCUUAACUGGAGGUACAAAAGAUGACCCAACUAUGCUUCACCCCAGGACAAAAAUUCCUAAAGCACAUAAAAGAGCAGCUUUAAAGUGCCUUUUUAGUCCAGACUCAUGCUUUCUAGCCACAACAUCUGCAGACACAACAGUCAAUAUUUGGCAGACUGCAGAUUUCUCCCUUAAAAAAACUCUGAAAGAAACCAAUCAAAGAUGGGUUUGGGAUUGUGCCUUCUCUGAGGAUUCACAGUACCUUAUCACAGGUAAAGAAAUCCUGUACAUUAUACUACUCUAGGUUUGUUCAUAAAAUGAGUUAAAAUGCUUGUUUUGCUAAAGCAUAUUGGAAGGGCUUUACUGUGGGAAUUACAAA